CACCUGGCAAGCAGUGUGGCGCUGACCUGUCCGUUGUACAUAACCUAGGAGUCUCAGGGAACACCUAUAGCUGCAAAGAAUGUUCCUUGUUUCCUGGGCAAGGAAGUAGUCUUCUAAUACUCGUCACAAUGGCUUUUCGAAAAUGAACCUGUUUGCCAGGCCACAAGUGAUCUAGCUGCAGCAUUACGUGAUGGCCAACAGCUGUGAGAAGCUGUGCAUGUGGAUGUGCUGUGGGCCGUAUCACAUAGUGAAGUCCUGCUGUGAAAUACUCGCCUCUUGGAUUUGUUGUACCAGGCUUGAUAUGGGUGAUUCUGACAGUGAAGAAGAGAUACCACUAACUCGAAACCAAAGGCGUGAAACUGUGAGAAAAAUGAAAGGUGUGGCAGCUGGCGAUCGAUCAAUUCUGAUGUCUCUAAGACGCAAUGAUGUGACAUCUCGACUAGUUCGUCGCAAAACUACAAUGAUUGAUAGAAGAAGCAGCAACAGACGUGUCCCUGAUGAUGAAGAAAAACCUUAAUUUUUAACGGGCAGACUGUGUUUUCCUUUAUUGAAUCUCUUCUGUACUGUUGUAUGAAUUCAGAGUUAGUAUUAUGACUUUGUGCACCUAAAAUAAAAUAAACUAAUUUUUUGGGGGGUUCAGUUGUUCUUACACAGUUCUUGUAGAGCCUUAUGAACAUACAUGAAUGUGAAACCUGAAUUUUGUACAUAAGUGCUGAAUCCAAUUAAAAACAAAGAAAAUUUUUGUAAGAUUAGAUUAGUAGGAUGUUUGUACACUUUCAAUAGAAUUUCCUUUAAAAUAUUUGAAAAAAUUAUCAUUGUGUCUUCUAAAAGUUGGUGGGUUAAUUCAGUAUACAAUCCAGUUCUCAAGUCAAAGUAUAUAAGUAUUAUGUCAUUUACAUACAUAGCAAACCACACUGAACAAGUAUUAUGUAGUAGUUGUGAUAGUGCAUAGUAAAAAUGCACUGGUUAGAAAAAUAUCAAAGAGGAAUUAAUGAGUACAAUAAACUCUGAAUAUCUGACAGGCUAAAUUAUUUGAAAACAAAAGGAAUAAAUCAGUGAAUGUGAAGGACACUGUGAUGGAACUGUUAUUUGGAACAUCCCAAAUAAUACAUUAGACAGUAAAAAAUUGUGUUGAAAUGUUAACAGAACAGAUUAGCUAAACUGAUUAUAAUUAGAAAGUGUCACUAGCAUGAAGUUUAUAAGUGAGUGUACUGUAUUUAAAAAGACAAAGGACUACUGGAAUGAUUAUGCUGACAAACUCUCCAAGGCAAAAUCAAAAUGGUAUUCAGUCAAAAGCUGUUCCUUUUUACAGCAUAAAGUUAUGCAUGUAAUUGAUAGUGGAAAUAAAAUGUGUGAAAUGUUAGAUAAUGUAUCGGUGCAUUCUUCUGAGACAUUAAACUAGUCAAAGAAAUAUAUUAAAAUAUUCUUAACUUGUAUCAGAAACUGCUCGUGUGUGCUGUAUUUAUUACUGACACACAGUGAUUAUCACCUCAUUCAAAUAGAGUGUUAUACUUUUCCGUGGUAAUUUAGGACUUGUAUUCUGAUAGAAAGAAAGUCGGCUGCUUACCUUGCUCAGAUAGUCAGAAAUUGUAUGUACAGAAAUUGUAUUUGUGUUAUAUUAGUGAAAGUUAGACUAUUAAUUACAAGUGCAAGUGUGUCACAAAAUGGACCAUUAUAUGGUACAUUGAUUUAUUCUGAAAGCUUGGAUUUGCAAAUAGCAAUAUGCUAUUGCAGUACCUGUGUUAACAUGACUUACAAUGUAAUGCACGUUCAAAGGAGCAGACACUGCAGCAACUACAGCUGUUAUGAAAACUGUGAUCAGCUGUAUAAUGAAAUGUGGUUGCCUAUGUGGCUAUCAGCGCACGAUUCACAGCCAAACCCAAACUGCCAUAUGUCAUCAACUGUGCGUCUACAACCUAUACUCAUACAUCCAUUAUGUACAUUCUCGUACUCCAUUUGAACAGGCCUUGAAAGGUCCAAUGGUACUGACCAGCCGCCAUGUCAUCCUCAGCCUACAUGCGUCACUGGAUGCGGAUAUGGAGGGGCACGCAGCCAGUACACUGCUCUCCCAGUUGUAUGUCAGUUUCAGACCAGACCGCUACUUCUCAAUCAAGUAGCUCCUCAGUUUGCCUCAAAAGGGUAGAGUGCACCCCACUUGCCAAAAGCACUCGGCAGACUAGAUGGUGACUUAUCCAAGCAAGCCCAAGUAGCCCAGCUCGACAGCACUUAAAUCCGGUGACCUGACAGGAACUGGUGUUACACAUGCGGCAAGGCCAUUGGCGCAUUCUCAUACAGGCACGAUAAUUUUACUUCAGUCACUUGCCUGAUGUUGGCAGAUAAAUACAACAUUGCAGUGCCUGUGUUAAUCCAAAUCACAAUGUAAAGUUCCUUUGUACAUUCAGGCACAUCCAAAGGAACUUUACUUUGUAAUUCAGAUUAACGCAGGCACUCCAAUAUCAUAUUUAUCUGCUGACAGUGGGCAAGCAACAUUAAAGUAAAUUUGUCUUUCCUGUAUGGAAAUAUACAUAAUGGAUGUAAGAGUACAGGUUGUAGACGUAGGGUUGAUGACAGGGAAGUGUGGGUCUGGCUGUAGGCUGUGCUUGGAUAGCCAAGUAGUAAAGUGACAGCCUGUGAAAAG